AUGGUAAGCAAAAUUAUUUUAUUGUAAAUAAAAAAAAUACCUUUAAAUAAAAUGCGUUUUUUAGCUACCGCUGUCACUAUUGAAAACGGCGCAGAGCCAUCCCAUGUUGGUGGAGCUGAAAAAUGGUGAAACAUACAAUGGUCACUUGGUUAGUUGCGACUCCUGGAUGAAUAUCAAUCUGCGCGAUGUUAUUUGCACCUCAAAGGAUGGCGAUCGCUUUUGGCGUAUGCCCGAGUGCUACAUCCGAGGAAGUACCAUUAAAUACCUGCGCAUUCCCGACGAGGUGAUCGACAUGGUGAAGGAAGAUGCGCAGGCAAAGUCGAGGAAUCGCACAGAGAUGAACAAAAACCGCGGCGGCAACUCGUCGCAGAAUCAACGCGGCGGUCGUCCCGGUGGCAACCGGAAUAAUGUCGGCGGCAAUCGUGGGCCUGGCCAGGGAUACGGAGGAGGUCCUGGCAACAAUGCGAUGCGCCUGGGCGGAGCUGCUGGUCAAGGAAAUCGCCUGCCCCACGCCGCCAAAAAUAGAAAGUAGUUGCUUGGACCGUAGGAAUAAAUUCUUUUCAACUAUUCAAA